AUGUGGGUACAUCGCUGGAAUGUCCCUGGCCUCAAUUCCGGUGAGAAACCUCCGGUGUUUGCUGCUGGUGAACCCCCUCCCUCACCCUUCCCUCCAGAUCCCCCUGACCCCCCUUCUCCCCUCUCACCUGUAAAUUUCCCUCCCCUCUCCUCAAAUCUCACAACUGUUCCAAAGCGUGCUCAACGCCGAGGUCCCUUCUCUUCUCCUAUCCUUGUUGUACCUUCUUCUCAACAGGGAGAUUUAACUACAAUGGCAAUGCCAACUCCUGUCUCUGCCAUUGAAGGUGCAAAUCUGGAAAAAUCUGUAUCUAUUGGUCUACCACAAAGACCUGAAACCUUAUCUGAAACAAAAUUCCGACUACCCCCCUUUUGGAUACUGUAA